CACGUGUGGUAAUUAGUAGCUUAUUAGGUUUUAGGCGGUGCGGCAUAACGAUUCUUACAGAAUUAGUAACCCCCCCUCUCCUCCGUUUGAAAUGGGUAAUUCUUGUAAUCCGCAAAGAAGAGCGUCGUAUAUACACAGAGUAAAUGGUCGGCGGCCGGUUUAUCAGUGAGCGGUCGCGUCCGAAACCCGAAUUAAACCCCUCAGCGCGACAGUGCCGCCUGGCCCAGCCCACGUGUGCCCGCUCUGCCUCGACCCAGCGCUGCAGAAGCGCUUUUCGCGAAGCCUCUGACAGAUGACAGGCGCGUGUGUGUAUAAAAGUUUCCCGUUCGAGCGCAAACCGUGUCCGUUGCUAUUCUCGCAAUAUUUAACGCGCGUUUGCCGGUCUCGCCUAAACACGAAACGAAGCCGCACCGGUCCGCGGGUGCGUCUCGCCUAAAAUCAGCAAAUCGGCGGAAUCCGUCGCCGACAGGAAAGUCGCAGUCCGCCGCCGCCGCCGCCGCCACCGCCAACUCGCAAGAUAAAUAGUUGAUCGGAGCCGAUCCUGAGCCAGUCCUAAGCGUGCGCAGCUGCACUCCGCGCGCCAGCCACCCUGCCGCAACACGGACAAUCCGAUUCCAACUCCAAAGGCCGAAGUCGCGCUCCUGCCGCCAGUCCGCGCCGCGCCGCCUCCGGCCCCACGGUAAUAUAACAUAAUUGAUAGAAGGGCGGAAGGGCGUCGCGACAGCGCACGGCCCCGGUCCGCGAGUUCGGCGCGCCGCGCGCCCCUCGAAGAUGAACCCCAUCAAGAACCGGGAGCGGAUCCUCGAGGCGAUUGACCAGCUGCGGCGGCGGAAAGCGCGCCCCGACAUCCAGCGCAUCUGCAACUACCUGUUCCGGCGGUUUUCCGUCAGCUCGGUGGAGGCCCGCUCCGACCUGCAGUGGUGCGUCGAGAACGACAUCGUCCUCAAGGUGGAGUACAAGGGCAGCAUCAGCUACCGGAAUGCGGCGAAAAAGUACUCGCACGUCAAGCGUGACAGCGACGGCAGCGCGGACAACAAAGCCAACAGGAAGUUUGCGCAACUUUUGACCAACGCGUUCGGCGAGCUCGUCGUGCAGGAGCCUGACUACCUGGAGUACGGCGUGCCCGCCGAGGAGAUCAUCAACAACAUCCUCUCCAAGGACAGCGUGCGCUACACGCGCAAGUACAUCUCGAUUCUCAUUGAGAAGGAGGUCGAGAACGGCGGCCUCAUCAAGAUGGAAAACGACAAGUACCUGAUGGGACCCACGAAGGAGGAGGGACGGCCCUCCGACGACAUCAAGCCGAGGAAGAAGCCCGGACCCAAACCGGGUUUCAAGCGCGAGAGGCCCGAAAAUAUGGAUUCCGACGAGAAAAAAUCCGAAAGCGGGACCGUGCGAGUAGGCGGACGCAGGAAGAGGGCGAAGAAGGUGUUCGACCCGUCGGACACGCACGUACCGAAGAAACGGGGACGACCUGCGGGCUCGCUGAAUAAAUCGACGAUAGAAAAGCAGCUGGCCAAGCUGAGCGAUGAAUCCAGGCCGGAGUCUCGAACUUCGAACAGUGGCAGAGAGCAAGGGGGAGUUUGCUCGGUUUGCCAUGCACAGAAUAAAAGGGGGCCCAACGAUAGGAUGGUGUCUUGUCGAGAGUGCAGCAAUAAAGUUUUAGCCCAUUAUAGCUGCCUGAACGGAGAGGAUAUGAUGCUGAGAAUGUAUCCGGAUAAUACGUGGCAGUGUCCCCAUUGCAAAACUUGCGUCGUGUGUUUUGAAACGUCGGAUGCUGGGUACUUGACAGUUUGCGCCGUUUGUGCGGACGCAUAUCAUGCGGGCUGCCAUCAGCCUCGCAUCCCUGAUAAGGUAAAACCCAGCAUGCGGUGGCUGUGCAUAAACUGCGAAAUGCCCGAAGAACUCAAAAUUAACCAGAUCCAGUCCAAUAUGAGCACCGCUUUUACGACUAAAUUAACCAGUGCAAGUGAAACGCUGGAAAUUUCUUCUUCGCCUUCUAUUUCUGGAAACACAACACCUAAUUAUCAAUCACCGCCCUUAUCGCCCACGCCUCCCCAGCUUAGUCCGCAGAACGAAGUCCAGCAAACGGUAGACGGCGGAGUUUCUGAUUCUCAGAGUAAUCAAAGUAAUCACAGUAAUCAGAGCAACAUGAGUAAUAAGGAUUGGGAUGAUGAUAAUAUAGAUCCGUCGAUACCGGAUGCUACCAAUUGGACUCCAGAUGAUGUUUAUCACUAUUUUGCACAGUAUUUUCCAGAAGAAGCCAAAAUUUUUAAAGAACAGGAAAUUGACGGCCGGUCGUUACUUUUACUCAGAAGGAUUGACGUUUUGACUAACUUAAAACUCAAAUUGGGACCUGCGCUGAAAAUUUAUAAACACGUGGUUAAGUUACAAGUGCGGAGAGAUGAUCCGAAGUUGUAUUGGUUGUAAUUUAUUAUGUGAUGUGAUAGUUAACUUAUUGAGAUGUACAUUUCAAUUCUCGCACUGUAUUUUCAAAAUGGAUGACAUUAUAUUUAUACUGAAGGUUGUUCAAUAAAUGAACAGUUAAAUCGUU